UCUAACAAACUUCGGAGUCCAGAAACAGAACAGCUGCAUUUACACUGAGAUUAAAUCACACACAUCUGGACUCUAGAUGACUGCUUGUGUUGGAUUUUAUGAAAGGUAUUCGAGUAAAGGGGGUUUAAGACAAAUGAAAGUUAAAUGUUUCUUUUUCUCCUUCACUGAACACUUUGCCACUGCUUUGUCCUGGUCGGUCACAAAAAACUUAAAACUCUUUAAAAUGUUCAGUUAUAAAAUUUAGGAAAAAAUUGAAUAGGUAAGAAUACUUUUAUUAAAUUGAAAUAUGUCAUAAGAAAUAUGCCAGAUUUUGGUCGGAUUCUGGUCGUUCUUUGUAAAUAUGUUCACAUCGGUAAAUAAAAUUCGAAAAUAUUUUCAAUAUUAACAAAAAGCAAAACAUAAAACAACAUUGCCUGCUCUUUCCUUCUCCGACUUCUGUUUACACCUUUGGAAGAACCAAUUAAAUAGCGAACAAUGUCAUCGUUCAGCCAAUCACAACACAGGAGGCGGAGCUUUGUUGCCUGGAAGUCAACGCUCAGGGUGAAACAUUAGCAGUGGUGUUCCGUUGACUAGAACCCUCUGAGUUUGGCGCCUGAUAUUCGGUCCAGUGAGUUUAUUUCUGAGACGGUUCCGCCAGAAGGUCCUCCGUGGUGAAAACGACCCUAUGUGUGUCAGUGUCCGUGGGGUUCGUGCUCUUUCCUACUGAAGUGACCCACAGCAAGCUAUGGCGUCAGCUGCUUAGCUUUGUUCCUCUACAACUACAGCAGGAUCAGCCCCUGCUGGGCGGCGUGCGAUGUCACUCCACUAGGAGCCUCUCCACCUCGUGGGCUGCCAUGAGCGGGGUGCCUCUGGAGGCCAUUUGUGAAGCUGCUUCCUGGAUGGCGCCAAGCACCUUUGCCAGGUUUUACAGGGUGAACGUCGCCACGCCGCAUCCCCUGCAGGGAAUACUGGAGCAACCGCCUUCUGCGCCCUGCUGAGCUUUCAGAUGAUGCCAGUCCAGCUACAGUGCCCCCUGGUGGCUGUGGCCUGUGUGUUUAUGUGCUGUCUGAUCGGGACGCUGUCCAGUCCGGACCCCAGGGUGAGAGAGGCUCUCAUAGAGCUGGAGGCCUCCAUGCAGACAGGCGGGCAGAUGGUACUGACUGAUGCUGAGCAGCGGCUGGACGCUCUUCUGUUUGAAAUGAAGCAGGAGGAGAUAUCCAGAGGAGACUUUCCUCCAGCCAUGCAUUUCUUCAGCGCCAAACGCCUGAUCCAGAGAAGUCCCAUUUUCAGUCUGUUGCAGAAGAUGCCUAAAGGUGGAGCUCUUCACGUCCAUGACUUCUCCAUGGUGGAUGUGGAGUGGCUGGUGAAGAACGUGACGUAUCGCCCACACUGCUACAUGUGCAGCACAGACGAACCUUCUUUCAGAUUCAUCUUCUCGUCUCAGUGGCCUAAACCUCUGCCACGUUGCUCCCCCUGGGUCCUGCUGGAAAACCUUCGCUCCAAGAUGGUCAACGCAACAGAUCUGGACAACAGCAUCAUGGGCAACCUGACGCUCUUCACGGACCAGGAUCCAGAGGUGACGUUCCCCAGUCAGGAUGUGGUUUGGGAUCGGUUCGAGCAGGCCUUCCGCGCUGUGUGGGGUCUGGUCACUUAUGCCCCUGUAUUCAGGGAUUAUUACUACCAGGGCCUGACCCAGUUCUACACGGACAACGUCAUGUAUCUGGAACUGCGUGCUCUUCUCCCAGAGGUGUAUGAGUUGGAUGGCAGCACCCACGACAGAGCAUGGACCCUGAAGACCUACCAGGACAUCACCACGCAGUUUGUGUCGAAGCACCCAGACUUCUUUGGAGCAAGAAUCAUCAUUACGAACCAAAGGCGAGCGAAUAGAUCGGCUAUAGCUAAAGCUGUGGAGGAGGCCAUGAAGCUGAAGAAAGACUUUCCUGAUUUCAUGGCUGGUUUUGACUUGGUGGGUCGGGAGGACCGAGGCAAACCCCUGUGGUACUUCAGAGAUGCCUUGUCGCUCCCUGCGGAGAAAGGCGUCACGCUUCCUUACUUUUUCCAUGCUGGAGAGACAAAUCUUGAAGGCACUGAAGUGGAUCAGAACCUAUUAGACGCCCUGCUCCUGAACACAUCCCGUAUUGGUCAUGGAUUUGCACUGGUGCGCCAUCCAGUGGCCAAAGAUUUGUCCAGGAAGAAAGGGGUGGCUGUGGAGGUGUGCCCCAUCUCUAACCAGGUGUUGAAGCUUGUGAAAGAUUUACGAAACCACCCAGCUGCUGCUCUGAUGUUGGAGAAUCACCCAGUGGUCAUCAGCUCUGAUGAUCCGGCCAUGUUUGGCGCCUCUGGUCUGUCUUACGACUUCUAUGAAGCUUUUGUGGGCUUUGGGGGCAUUGAGUCCCACAUCGGCUCCCUCAAACAGCUGGCCAUAAACUCCAUUAGGUACAGUUCUUUGUCUCCACAACAACAGAAAGAGGCGUUGGUUCUGUGGCAGAAAAGAUGGAACAUGUUUGUGACUGAAAGUGAAUUUCUGAAAACCAACUAGAACUUUAUUCUGACCUUAAAACAUGUUUCAUGUUUGCAUUUGUUUCAGCAGUCCCACUAAACCACUGAUUGAGCUCGUCCUUUUCUCACCCAACAUGGCCGCACACAGGUGCUUCUUCAUUCUUCAUGUAGCAGAAGAACUGAAGAAUGAAGAGGUUCAGGUUUGCUGAAAUAUGCAGCAAGUCAUUGGGUCAUUUUACAUAUGCCUACUUAUUUAAUCUGUUAAAUAUGUAGUUUUAUCUCAUCAAUGGAAAAAAGUGAAUAUUUUUACUUAGAAAAUUUGAAAGUAUUGAUUUUCAGAAUGGCCUGAAUUGUUUGAAUAAUCUUUGUGUUCAUGUUUUGUGUCAAAUGGAAACUGUUUUAUAACCAGACGCUAAGCUAAAUGCGUCUGCACCUUGGACCGGAACCAACAUACAGUUUGUAUGUGAAUGGGAGUUUGCUAAUGUUUUGACUAAAGUGGAUCUGGUACCAGAAGUCAAUAAGGUGAAGCCUUGGAGUAUUUAUUCAAACCCUUAACCAGCUGGAGCUCCUACAUGUGUGUCUGAGUAAAACCACUGUUGAAUGCUGUGUUCUGCUCCCAGUCAGCAACAUCUGGUUCAUUUGUGUUUGUUUGCACUGGAAUCAUUCUGUUAACGGUGGAUUUUUAUUUGGUUUAUGGCUGUAACCAUGGCGAUGUCCUCAGGUAAAGUGUAACUUUAUAUCUGAGGUUUACCGUACCUUGCAGAAGUAUUCAUACCCCUUGAACUUGAUAGCAGCACAAACUUGCCUUUUAUACAAAACACAACCUACUUUAUGAAUGUGAGGUGGAAGGGAAAGAAAAUGUAGUUUUGAAAAAGUUUUCUACAAAUUAAAAUCUAAAAUUAUUCCGCCCCCUUUUAUCCAGAUACCCCUAAUUAAAAUAACGGUCAGAAGUCACCUAAUUAGUAAACAAGAGUCGAGUCUCAGGAUAAAUGAACUACUGCCGUUCAACCGUUGACCGUCAAGGUCAAAGUUUAUGAUUUAAACCCUGAAAAAUCAAACCUUUAACACUGUAGCUCUAUGAGAACUUGACAUCAUACUAUAUAUCAGUAUUAUAGGAUUUGAAUGACAACAUUAAGGCGAAUCUUUAUCAAAUGUGACCUCACUGAACUGGGUGGAAAUAAACUGGACUCAACUGUUUCAGAAGGGUGUCCUGGGACGGCUUGUUAGGAAACUGGCAAUGCCCUUCAAAACUAUUCAUAGCCCUGAACAUUUUCCUAAUUGGUUCUUUACAACUACAGACUUAUUUCUAUGGGAUUUUCUGUGACAGACCAACCAUCUCAAUGCUCUUCUGACCCAGCUUUGGUCCAUAAAUCCUUCCAUGUCCAGAUGAUGGAUUGAACAGCUAUGUGAGAUGUUCAGAUGACUUCUGAGGGGAGUAGAUUGGACUGAAUUGUAUUUUUGGGUUUCAGAGGGAAGGGGGCGGAAUGUCAUGCGGAAAGUUUGUGGAGUUUAAUUGUUUGUUUGGAUCAUAUUUGUUAAUAUUAAACUGUUGAAGUAUUA